AUGCCACCAGGAAGAUCAAGCCUUGGGGGCCGUAACUUGCCCCGGAAAAGCCAUCGGAAAUCCCGACUGGGAUGCAAAAACUGUAAGCAACGUAGGAUUAAGUGCGACGAACAGAAGCCGUCCUGCACGAAUUGCAUCAAGCACUCAAUACCAUGUGACUACAACACCAACAACGCAGGACCUGCCGCCGCUCCCCGACUCCUCGCCUCGCGCCCCAUCACCCCGGCAGCAACCGGCACUUCAACACCGCCAACCCCCUUCCCAGGCAGCCCCAGCAACAACAACCUCAACAUCCCCCUCUACACGACCACAGAGCUCGAGCUUCUGCACAACUACUACAUCUCCACAGCACCGAGCCUUUCAUCUAACCCGGCCCUCUCGCACUUCUGGCGCGCCGAUGUCCCGAAACUAUCUUUCAGUUGGCCAUGUCUCCUAAAUGGCCUCUUCUCUAUUUCCGCUCUGCACCUCGCUCGUUUCCGACCCGAAAGCCGCGACACAUACCUCGCCCAAGCCGACGUCUACUGGGACCGAGCCCUGCGCAGCGCGACGCCAUUGCUCGAGGCGAUCAACGACGCCAACUACCACGCCGUCUACGUCUUUUCCAUCUUGGCGGCCUUCUACCUGCUCGGAAAAGGCCCGCGGGCGGACGACGACGACUUCCUCGCGUUCGACGGCCAGCUGAGCGCGGCGGGAACACUGCUGCACAUCCGCAGCACGCGCGUCAUCAUCGAGUCGGCGGACAGCGAGGCCGCGCUGCGCAACGGACCGGUGGCGGUGCUGUUCGACGUCGGCAUGCGUCACAUAGCCCGGUGGUUGCUGCCGGACCGCGAGAACGAGCAUGCCCUCGUGCAGGAGUUAAGGUUUAUUCAUGCGUAUCUGGAGCCGGAAGACGAGUCUGAUGUCUACGUGAACGAGAUCGAUAACCUGUCGCGGUCGUUUCAUGCUGUGGCGGCGGAGCGCGCGAGCAGCGGUGGUGGUGGUGGGGGAGUAUCGACGCAGGUCGUCUUCGUGUGGCUGUAUAAGCUGUCGGACGAGUUCCUCGACUGCUUGCGCCAGCGCGAGCCGAUGGCGCUGACCAUUUUCGCGUAUUUUGUGGUCUUGCUGAAGGAGCUGGAGGGCGCGUGGUACCUGCAGGGCUGGGUGGAGCAUUUGAUUGCCGGGAUAUAUCACGCGCUCGGCCCCGGGACGCGGACGUGGGUGCGGACGCCGAUUGAGAGGGUGGGGUGGAUUCCGCCAGUUUGA